UAAGCUACACCUCCAGAAGUUCAUGUUCGUUAAUGGAGGACUUAUACAGUCGGUAGCAAAGAAGUUUUACGAGUGGUCAAGGACAGAUCACAGGUGUAAGCUAAGUUUAUUAGCAAUGGGAAAUACCUGCAGCAAUGACCUGGGAAUCCCCCGAGCGAAAGGGCCAAAUCCAGUUGGAUGCACUGAUUUCAUGAUGGAUCACACUGUGCAGGGCACGUUUUUUCGUCUGUAUUAUCCCUGUGCCGAGACAGAGAAUCCAGACACGCCUGACUGGAUCCCAAGACACGAGUAUUUCGAUGGUCUGGCGGACUUCAUGAAAAUCAAUAGAACCAUAAGUGACAGGAUUUUCAAUUACCUCUUUGGUUCCUACAAAAUACCUGCAGCCUUGAAUGCUCCAUUUAAGUCAAAUGAGAAAUGCCCAGUAGUAGUCUUCUCCCAUGGCCUCGGAGCUUUCAGAACCUUAUAUUCAGCCAUAUGUGCCGAAUUGGCGUCCCAGGGAUUCAUAGUGGCAUCCGUGGAGCACAGGGAUGAAUCAGCGUCUGCUACAUACUUCUACCAUGAGAAGCCUGAUUCUGAGAAGGGCAAGACUUCUCCGAAAGGCCCUCCACACGUGCCUGAGAACCUGGUGGAGGAGUGGAUGUACUACAGAUCCCUGAAGCCUGGGGAGUUAGAAUUCCCUCUCAGGAAUAAACAGGUGAAACAACGUGCGGAGGAAUGCAUCCAAGCCUUGGACAGACUUAUUGAAAUUCACUCAGGAAACUCGGUGGAGAACGUGCUGCAGACAGAGUUCGACUGGAUAACUUUAGAGAACUCCAUGGACCUCUGUCGGAUAGCAGUGAUGGGGCAUUCUUUCGGGGGAGCAACUGUAGUUGAAGCUCUUUGCAAGGGGGAUGUCAAAUUCAGGUGCGGAAUUGCUUUGGAUGCGUGGAUGUUUCCCCUGGAUGAUGAGAUCUACCCAAGAGUGAAGCAGCCCAUCUUCUUCAUAAACUCUGAGAAGUUCCAGUGGGCGGGUAACAUCAGCCGAAUGAAAAAGCUGGACUCCGCUGUCAUUCAGAGGAAAAUGAUUACUAUAAGGGGGACAGUCCAUCAGAGCUUCCCAGAUUUCACCUUUCUAACAGGAAACUGGAUUGGAAAGAUCCUUAAACUGAAAGGAGAGAUCGACCCCCUGAUUGCCAUGGACCUCUGUAACAAAGCCUGUCUAGCCUUCCUGCAAAGACACUUGGGUCUUCAGAAAGACUUCAACCAGUGGGAUCAUCUAAUUGAUGGGAAGGAUGAGAACCUCAUACCAGGAACCAACAUCACUCUGCUCCAGUCUUCCAUCUGACCCACCGUACCUUACUCACUCUGCUCCAGUCUUCCAUCUGACCCACCGUACCUUACUCACUCUGCUCCAGUCUUCCAUCUGACCCACCGUACCUUACUCACUCUGCUCCAGUCUUCCAUCUGACCCACCGUACCUUACUCACUCUGCUCCAGUCUUCCAUCUGACCCACCGUACCUUACUCACUCUGCUCCAGUCUUCCAUCUGACCCACCGUACCUUACUCACUCUGCUCCAGUCUUCCAUCUGACCCACCGUACCUUACUCACUCUGCUCCAGUCUUCCAUCUGACCCACCGUACCUUACUCUAAACCAGUGGGAUUAGUUGUCAGUGGAGGUUAUUAGCAAGUCAAUACAAGUGCACUCACUCACUUUACCUGUGUGCCACUCUCAGCCUUGCAUGUUGUGAGUGAUUGAUGGUCUAAUGUAAAACAUUCAAAAACUUUUGUCAAUCUGAACCAUGCCUGGGCAUGUAAUUUCUUGUGAGGAAUGUUAUGAUUACGAUGAGUUUGAUUCCUAGGAUGUUUAUAUACAUAGAUGUAUACAGGACAUACAAAUACUUGAUUGUAUGCAUCAGUUGUCAUAGUCAUUGAACAUAUUUUAGCUUGUGUUCUUUUAACAUGUUAACUAUGGUUGCAGUGUGAUUGUAGAUAAUUGGCCAAGGCACCUGGAUGACUUCAACAUUUUGUAGAUUGAAGACUGUAUAUGACCUCAUUGUUGAACUAAUAUGUAUUUAUCAAGCAUGAUUGCACAGAUUACUUAAUUACAAGUCAGGGUUAGUGAAUUGAUAGACAAACCAAACAUUUUAAACACUAAAAGUUUGUUGAGCGAUGAAUGAUAAGUUGUUUCUUAAAGAUUACUAGCUCCAUACAUCAUCUGCCUUAAAGAACCAUGUCCCUGGCUGGAUCAAAAUGUAACAGAUUUUCUAACCAUCUUUUACAUGUUUUGCAAUCCAUCAUGCUGUCUGAAAUUUACUUUGUACACAACUGUACUGCUUUAAUUUACUUUGUACACAACUGUACUGCAUUAACUUGUAUAUGUAUACACCAAACCAAAAAAAAGUACUUAUUAAAUAACUACACUUUCA